GGCGGGCAGCGACGGGGCUCCCAGACGGGCUUCCAGCUCCCUCUCUCUGUGCGCGUCGAAUGUCCCCGUGUGUGUCUCUCGGGAGGGAGGGGGGGCUCAUUGUGCUGCCCUGACCGAGCGGUGGCAAGUGAUUUGAAAGGAAGAAAAGGCUCCGAAUAAUUGCAAUAAAAAAAAAAAGAAAAGAAAGGAAAGAAAGAAAGGCGAGGGCGGCCGAGGCAGAAUAAAAGGAGGCUGGGCUGCUUUGCAUUGGAGAUCGGGGCGCUAUUGAGGAGCCGGUGAAAAGUGGUGUUGUUUUCCACUCGUGCAUGCUCCAAUCGGUGGAGUAUAUUAGAGUCAGGAGCAGCCGGCCGCAGCAGCAGCAGCAGCAGUCUCGGCGCGAGCAGCAGCAGCAGCGUGCAAGGAGGCGGUAUGCUCUUACCCAGGCGACCCGCCCUCGCCCCUCUGCUCCUCGCCUUGCUAUGUCUGCGGGGAAAGGUGACUCGAGCGUCCGGACAGUUCGAGCUGGAAAUCUUAUCCAUGCAAAACGUCAAUGGCGAAUUGCAAAAUGGGAAUUGCUGCGAUGGCCCCCGAAACCCAGGAGAUAGGAAGUGCACCAAAGACGAGUGUGAUACGUAUUUUAAAGUUUGCCUGAAGGAGUAUCAGUCCCGGGUCUCUGCUGGCGGCCAUUGCAGCUUCGGCUCCGGAUCUACUCCUGUCAUCGGAGGAAAUACCUUUAAUUUAAAAUACAACCGGAAUAACGAAAGGAACCGGAUUGUUCUCCCGUUCAACUUUGCCUGGCCGCGAUCCUAUACGUUGCUUGUUGAGGCGUGGGAUUACAGCAAUGAUACUGCUAAUCCUGAUAGCAUUAUCGAAAAGGCAUCCCACUCUGGUAUGAUCAAUCCAAGCCGUCAGUGGCAGACUUUGAAACAAAACGCAGGCAUUGCCCAUUUUGAGUACCAGAUCCGGGUGACUUGUGAUGAGCAUUACUAUGGCUUUGGCUGCAACAAGUUUUGUCGACCAAGAGAUGACUUCUUCGGCCACCAUACCUGUGAUCAGAACGGCAACAAGACUUGUCUGGAAGGCUGGAUGGGGCCAGAAUGCAGCAAAGCUAUUUGCCGCCAGGGUUGUAGUCCUAAGCAUGGCUCUUGCAAAACUCCAGGAGAAUGCAGGUGUCAGUACGGAUGGCAAGGCCAGUACUGUGAUAAGUGCAUUCCGCACCCAGGAUGUGUCCAUGGCACUUGCAUUGAACCAUGGCAGUGCCUCUGUGAAACCAACUGGGGUGGUCAGCUCUGUGAUAAAGAUCUUAACUACUGUGGGACUCACCCACCUUGUUUGAAUGGUGGUACCUGCAGCAACACUGGGCCUGACAAAUAUCAGUGUUCCUGCCCCGAGGGCUACUCAGGACAGAACUGUGAAAUCGCGGAACACGCCUGCCUUUCUGAUCCUUGUCACAAUGGAGGAAGCUGCUUAGAAACCUCUACCGGAUUUGAGUGUGUGUGCACGCCUGGCUGGGCUGGACCAACGUGCACUCUUAAUAUUGAUGAUUGUUCUCCAAAUCCCUGUGGUCAUGGAGGCACCUGCCAGGAUCUCGUUGAUGGGUUCAAGUGCAUUUGCCCACCUCAGUGGACUGGGAAGACGUGCCAGCUAGAUGCGAAUGAAUGUGAAGGCAAACCUUGUGUCAAUGCCAACUCCUGCAGGAACCUGAUUGGCAGCUACUAUUGUGACUGCAUUGCUGGCUGGUCUGGCCAGAAUUGUGAUAUAAAUAUUAAUGACUGUCUUGGACAAUGUCAGAAUGGAGGAUCCUGCCAGGACUUGGUUAAUGGUUAUCGAUGUAUCUGUCCGCCUGGCUACGCAGGAGAUCACUGUGAGAAAGACAUCAAUGAAUGUGCAAGCAACCCUUGCUUGAAUGGGGGUCACUGUCAGGAUGAAAUCAAUGGAUUCCAGUGUCUGUGUCCUGCUGGUUUCUCAGGAAACCUCUGUCAGUUGGACAUAGAUUAUUGUGAGCCCAACCCUUGCCAGAACGGUGCCCAGUGCUUCAACCUUAACACAGAUUACUUCUGUAACUGUUCAGAAGAUUAUGAGGGAAAGAACUGCUCCCACCUGAAAGAUCACUGUCGCACUACUCCUUGUGAAGUAAUUGACAGCUGUACAGUGGCUGUGGCUUCUAACAGCACACCCGAAGGAGUUCGUUAUAUUUCUUCAAAUGUCUGCGGUCCCCAUGGGAAAUGCAGGAGCCAAGCAGGUGGAAAAUUCACCUGUGAAUGCAACAAAGGCUUCACUGGCACCUACUGCCAUGAAAAUAUCAAUGACUGUGAAAGCAAUCCAUGUAAAAAUGGUGGCACUUGCAUUGAUGGCAUCAACUCCUAUAAAUGUAUUUGUAGUGAUGGAUGGGAAGGAAUUUAUUGUGAAACAAAUAUUAAUGACUGCAGUAAAAACCCUUGCCACAAUGGGGGGACGUGCCGAGAUUUGGUCAAUGACUUCUUCUGUGAAUGUAAAAACGGAUGGAAAGGAAAAACUUGCCACUCCCGUGAUAGCCAGUGCGAUGAGGCUACAUGCAAUAAUGGAGGAACGUGCUAUGAUGAGGGGGACACUUUCAAGUGCAUGUGCCCUGUGGGAUGGGAAGGAGCCACUUGUAAUAUAGCGAGAAACAGCAGCUGCUUGCCAAAUCCCUGUCAUAACGGUGGUACCUGUGUCGUCAGUGGGGAUUCUUUUACUUGUGUCUGCAAAGAGGGCUGGGAAGGACCUACUUGCACUCAGAAUACAAAUGACUGCAGUCCUCAUCCUUGUUACAACAGUGGAACUUGUGUUGAUGGAGACAACUGGUACCGCUGUGAAUGUGCUCCAGGCUUUGCUGGUCCAGACUGCAGGAUAAAUAUCAACGAAUGCCAGUCGUCACCCUGUGCCUUUGGAGCUACAUGCGUGGAUGAAAUUAAUGGGUACCGUUGCAUUUGCCCACCUGGUCGCAGUGGCCCAAGAUGCCAAGAAGUUACAGGAAGGCCUUGUAUUAACAAUGGGCGAGUGAUGUCUGAUGGAGCUAAAUGGGAUGAUGAUUGCAAUACCUGUCAGUGUUGGAAUGGAAAGGUUGCAUGCUCUAAGGUUUGGUGUGGUCCUAGACCUUGCCUGAUACAUGCCAAAGGUCACGAGUGCCCAGCUGGUCACACCUGUGUCCCUAUUAAGGAUGACCACUGCUUUACACAUCCCUGUUCUGGAGUGGGUGUAUGCUGGCCUUCAAAUCAACAACCAGUAAAGACCAAAUGUAAUUUGGACUCUUACUAUCAGGACAAUUGUGCCAACAUCACUUUUACCUUCAACAAAGAGCUGAUGGUCUCAGGUCUUACCACUGAGCACAUUUGCAGUGACUUGAGGAAUCUUAACAUUUUGAAGAAUGUUUCUGUUGAAUAUUCAAUCUACAUUAUCUGUGAGCCUUCACACUUAGCCCACAAUGAAAUCCAUGUUGCUAUUUCUGCUGAAGAUAUAGGAAAGGAUGAAAACCCCGUCAAAGAAAUCACAGAUAAAAUUAUUGACCUGGUUAGUAAGCGUGAUGGAAACAACACACUAAUUGCUGCCGUUGCAGAAGUCAGGGUACAGCGGCGACCAAUUAAAAAUAAAACAGAUUUCUUGGUGCCAUUAUUGAGCUCCGUUUUAACAGUAGCUUGGAUCUGUUGCCUGGUAACUGCCUUCUUCUGGUGCAUUCGGAAACGCAGAAAGCAGAGCAGCCACACUCAUACGGCGUCAGACGACAACACUACAAACAACGUGCGGGAGCAGCUGAAUCAGAUCAAGAACCCCAUUGAGAAACAUGGUGCAAACACGGUUCCCAUCAAAGACUAUGAAAACAAGAACUCCAAAAUCGCCAAAAUAAGGACACACAACUCGGAAGUGGAGGAAGAUGACAUGGACAAGCACCAGCAGAAGAGCCGCUUUGUCAAACAGCCAGCGUAUACACUGGUAGAUAGAGAUGAAAAGCCCCCCAAUAGCACUCCGACAAAACACCCAAACUGGACAAACAAACAAGACAACAGAGACUUGGAAAGUGCACAAAGUUUAAAUCGGAUGGAGUACAUUGUAUAGCAGACAGUGGGUGCUGCCAUGCAGAGCCUUUAGAUGUCAUUAUAAAGGCACUCGGAGCUUGUAGUUCUUAAACUGUUGUGUAAUAUUUGAGUCUAAGGCUAUUAUUUACUUAGAAUCCCUGUGUUAAUUUAAGUUUUGACAAGCUGGCUUACACUGGCAAUGAUAGUUGCUGUGGUUGGCUGGAAUACCAAGUGCUGCAUUUCACAUCUAUGCAAAACUAGUCAAAAGUGCCCUAAUGUAAAUUCAGCUGUAGCUGAUACAUCAUGGAAAUGUUUCAUAUGGUAUUGCAUAGCCUUAUUAGGUCCUCUUCAGUGUCAACUUUCUUUUUGCCAGAUGUCCUGAUUUAUACCUUUAUAGAAAAUACGUUUUAUUUAUAUUUAUUGAAUCUGAGUUUUUUGUAUAUUGGUUUUAUGGUGACGUACAACUAGUUCUGUAUUUGAAAGUGCCUUUGCAGCUCAGAACCACAGCAACUAUCAAAAGUUUAUUUAUUUUUUUAUUGUAUUUUUGUUGGGGCGGGAGGGGACUUGAUGUCAGCAGUUGCUGGUAAAUGAAGAAUUUAAAGAGGAUAAUGUGUUAAAAGUAGAAGUUUGUAUAGAUAUGUAAAUAAUUCUUUUUUAUUAAUCACUGUGUAUAUUUGAUUUAUUAACUUAAUAAUCAAGAGCCUUAAAUAUCAUUCCUUUUUAUUUAUAUGUAUGUUUAGAGUUGAAGGUUUUUGAUAGCAUUGUAAGCUUGUGGCUUCUUUAUUUUGAAUUUAUUUUCUUGUUACAUGUUGCCUAUAUGCCAAAAUUAAGGUGUUCUAAAAAUAGUUUAUUUUUAACAAUAGGACAGGCUUUCAUGCCUUGAUACUGUGUUUUUUUUGUACAAUGUCAAAUGUUUCAAACACCUUCCAUAGUAUCACUUUAAGACUAUUUGUAAGUACUGACUGAGGCAGUUUAGAUUAGAACCAUUUUUUUAUUUUUAUAUUUUUUUGCUGCUUUAGACUUGAAAGAGUGACAGGCAGAUAAUCUGCUACAAAGCAGUUUAAGGGAACAAAAAUGAGCUAUAACUCUUAUGUAGAUGAAAUGUGAGUGGUUGCAUGUAAUUAAAAUAUCAAAUUAGCAUGUGAAGUUGGAAGCACAGCAAUCUCAUUUUGUAAAUUCUGAUUUUUUUCACCAUGAAUAUUGUAAUACUGAACCACUUGUAGAUUUGAUUUUUUUUUUGUAAUCUACUGCAUUUAGGGAGUAUUCUAAUAAGCUAGUUGUUGAAUACUUGAACAGUAGAAUGUCCAGUAAGAUCACUGUGUAGAUUUGCCAUAGGUUACACUGCCCGCCUUAACAAGUGAGGAAAUCAAAGUGCUAUUACAAUGUUAAGAUCAAAAAGGCUUAUAAACAUAUUAGUCUCAUUGGUUAACCAGUGAGAUCAUGAAGAUACCUUGUGAUAUUAGUGUUAUAUGAACAUGAAAAUGCAUCUUCGAUGUGUUUUUGUUCCUGGCAAUAAAUCUUAAAAAGUAAUAUUUAUUAAACUUUUUGUAUGAAAACAUGAAACAGCGUGGAGGUUGUUAAGUUUCAGUGAGGCACUUCCAGCUAGUUUUGUCAGCCCCAAAGGUUUAUUAGUCAACAGCUAUAGCUGGUGAUAAGCUAGUGAGAAAUGAUAGAUGAGCUAUGUACUCAAGGGCUUGAUCCAAACACUAUUGAAGUCUAGUGUCUCCCAUUGUUUUCAGUGGGAUUUAAAUCCAGCUUCGGUUGUUCACAUGUACUGUGUAAGCUUUCAGGUGCCUCAGCUGUGAGACUCCCUGGAGGGGUGGAGAGAGACAUGCCCAUUAUAGCCAUGGGGUCUCUUGGGGGUUGGCCAUGGUGAGUUGUGAUGUAAGCAAUUGGGCUUGCACCACAGAACAGCUCAGCCAGAUUAAAACCUGGCCAGGAAAAGCUCCACAAACAAUUCUAAU